AUGACUGAAGAAGAGGCGAAAGAAGAUUUUCUGAAGCGAAUCGAAAAUUAUCGAAUGCAAUAUGAACCGCUGGAUUUGGAAUAUGAUGAAGAUAAAUCGUAUAUCAAGGUAAAAUUGCAGAAAAUUUCGAAUUUUGCGCGUCAAAUUUGGUGUUUGUGCAAUUUUUCGUCAUUUCUAGUGUUCCUGUAGGGUGUUUUGAUGUAAAAUUCAAAUUUUCUGCAUUUUCACGUCAGGUUUAGUGGUUUUUUGGGAAAUUUGAGGUUGAACAUGAGAAAUGACGCAAAAAUGCAGAAAAUUUGAAUUUUUUGCGUCAAAUUCGGUGUUUUCUUGAGAAAAUUGCAGAAUUUCUGGGAAAACACCGAAUUUGACGCGCAAAAUUUCAAAAUGAACCAAAAAACCUGAAAAUUACUCAAAAAUUCAUCAUUUUUUGACCUUUGUCCCUUUAAAUUUCAACAUUUUCCAUAUUUUCCUUAUCAAUUUCCAUCCAUUUUUCAGGUUAUCAAUGCCGGCAAAUCAUUUUAUGUUCAUAAUGUAAAUGGUCACGUUCAAAGUCGAGUCGUCUAUUUUCUAAUGAAUAUUCAUCUAUUGCCAAGAAGUAUUUAUUUGUCAAGAGUUAGUUUUUUAUGUCAUUUUGAAAGUUCUAGAAGGUUUCAUGAAUUCUCAUACUGUUUUUCGAAUUUUUCAUGAAAUUUGGCGAUUUUUGAGACCCAUAUUGAUAUGGUUUUCUUGAUUUUUGAAAUUUGGUGCCAAAAUGGUGGAUUUUCCAAAAAUUCAUCAAACUAUAUCAAUAUGGGUGUCAAAAAUCACCAAAUUUUAUGAGAAACCCGAAAAAAACUUCUAAAAUUCAUGAAACCUCCCCGAACUCUCAGAACAAAUAUUUCGAAAAAAAUUAGUUUUCAUUCUGAAAGUUCUAGAAGAUUUCAUGAGUGCUAAAGGUGUUUUUCGAAUUUUUCAUGAAAUUUGGCGAUUUUUGAGACCCAUAUUGAUAUGGUUUUCUUGAUUUUUUAAAUUUUGGUGAAAAAAUGGUGCAACUUUUCAAAAUUCACCAAACUAUAUCAAUAUGGAGCUCAAAAUUCACCAAAUUUUAUGAAAAAUCCGAAAAACACUGCUAGAACUCAUGAAACCUCCCAGAACUCUCAGAUCGGUGUCAAAAAUCACCAAAUUCCAUCAGAAAUCUUGAAAAAACUCUUUUUUCACCCCAAAAUCCCUAUUUUUGCAGCACGGCGAAUCAGAAUACAAUAGAAUCGGAAGACUUGGCGGCGAUUCUCCAUUAUCUGAAAAUGGCCUAAAAUAUGCCGGAAAAUUGCUCGAAUAUUUCGCCAACGAAAAAUUGGAUGAUUUCCGCAUCUGGUCAUCGCAAAAGAUCCGCGCCGCACAAACCGCGUCGCAUUUGAAAGAUUUGGCUGAGCACACCGAGUUUUGGAAGUGUUUGGGUGAGUUUUUGGGGAUUUUUAGGGGAUUUCAUGGGUUUUGUUCGGAAUUUUUUGGAUUUUUCAUGAAAUUUUCGUGAUUUUUCAUUAAAUUUUGAUGAUUUUUGACGAAUUUUUCAAAAAAUUCACUGAAAAAUUCAAUUUUUGCAGACGAAAUCGAUGCUGGAAUUUGCGAAGGUCUAACGUAUGAAGAUUUCGAAUCUCGAUAUCCAAAACAAUUUGCGGAAAGAGACAAAGACAAAUAUCAUUAUAGAUAUCCAAGUGGAGAAAGUUAUGAAGAUUUGGUGGCCAGGUGAGCGGUUUUGGGCGGCUGAAAAAAUGGGUCUGGGAAGGUUUUUGACCUAAAAAUCGUGAUUUUUGGGCAACUUCUGGCCAGAAAUCGUGUUUUCUAGCGAAUUCUGGCUAAAAAUCAUGGUCUUUAUUGAAUUCUGGCCAGAAAUCAGGUUUUCUAGCGAAUUCUGGCUAAAAAUCAUGGUUCCUUUUAGAAAUUCUGGCCAGAAAUCAUGGUCUUCAGCGAAUUCUGGCUAAAAAUCAUGGUUUCGACCUAAUUUUGGACAGAAAUCAGGUUUUUCACCAAAUUCUGGCCAAAUAUCAUGGUUCUUAUUAAAUUCUGGCCAGAAAUCAUGUUUUCCAGUAAAUCCUGGUUAAAAAUCAUGUUAUGGACAGAAUUUUUUACCAGAAAUCAUGUUUUGGACAGAAAUUUAGCCAGAAAACCUGUUUUCAGCUGACAGAAUUUUUUCAAAUUUGGCCAGAAAUCUUGUUUUCAACUGAUCCUGGCUAAAAAUCAUGGUUCUUCUUAAAUUCUGGCCAGAAAUCAUGUUUUCGACUUAAAUUUGGCCAUAAAUCAUGUUUUUAGGCAAAUUCUGGAUAAAAAUGAUGUUUUGGACAAAAAUUUGGCCAGAAAUCUGUUUUUGAGCAAAUUCUGGCCAGAAAUCCUGUUUUUCAGCUAAUUCUGGCUAAAAAUCAUGUUUUCGACCAAAUUUUGGCCAAAAAAACUGUUUUUGACCUUAUUUUCAGCCCAAAAUCCAAAUUUUCAGCUAUUUUCAGCCCUAACCUCAUUUUGUUUCCAGACUUGAACCUGUAAUAAUGGAAUUAGAACGACAAUCAAAUGUUUUGGUCGUUUCACAUCAAGCUGUUCUACGGUGUAUUUUGGCGUAUUUCACCAAUCAGAAUCGAGAUGAUUUACCGUAUUUAAAGGUGAGUUGUGGCAUUUUUUUGGCGCCAAAAAUCAAAUUCGAAAUAGUUUUCUGAUAAGACAAGAGACGCAGACAAUUGUCAAAGUCACAGAAAUUUUCUGACCAAAAAAUUUUUGCAAACAUUUUUUUUUGGUCACAAAAUUAAAGGGACAUACCGUAUUCGUAGUUUAAAAAAAUCCCAAAUUUUUCUCUAAAAAUUAAAGACACACAAUCCACUAGAAAUGAACAGAAAUUGAGUUUGUUAUUCUUUCAUAACAUAUUUCAAGUAAUCGGAAUUCAUAAAAAUCAAGAAAAAAUUUUGAGUCUGGCAAAAGUGAAAAAAACAAAAUAAUUGUUUUUGAAAUCGCUCAGCCGACGGAAAUUUCGAAAGUGUGUGCACACAACGAAGCAAUAGAGCGCACAUGCUGUUUUUGUCAUUUGAAAAUAAAAGCGGGAAAUCUGUUUUUUCUAGUGGCUGAUGUGUCUUUAAAGGGACAUACAGUAAUCCUUCUCAACUGAAAUUAUCAUUUUUCACUAAAAAAAUUGAUUUUUUUAAAGGUACAUACAGUACUCGCCCUCAAAAUUAUCGAUUUUUCAUAUUUUUCAAAUUUUAAAGGGACAUACAUUACUCUAAUUUUUCAACCAAAAAAAAACACGAAAAAUUGAAGGGGCAUACAGUAAUCCUUUUACUUGAAAUUUAUCAUUUUUUCCACAAAAAAAUCCAAUUUUAAAGGUACAUACAGUACUCGCCCUCAAAAUUAUCGAUUUUUCAGGUCCCUCUUCAUACCGUAAUCAAACUAACACCAAAAGCCUAUUCUUGCGAAGUGGAAAUGUUCAAAUUCGACAUUGAUGCGGUUAAUACAUAUAGGGAAAAGCCUAAGUAG